AUAAGCAUAAGCAAACAUUUCAAUAUUCCAACUAAAUACCAGUCAUGAUGAAACGAGAUCUCAAAGUAAUAAGUUUUUUCUUACAUUGUUGUUGCCGAGUUAUGUCAAUAUUGUGGCAAAUAUUUUAUUUACAUACAUAUAUCACACAAGUGUACAAACAUGUAGAUAUAAGCAUAUACCGGCAUACUUAUGUACAUACAUAUGUAUGUCGGCAUGAGUAUUGCUGGUGAUCGUGUUAUUGAUGUUGUUGGGAGUAACUACGAGUCGCCUGCUUACUAACUAUUUAAUCGUUUCUCUUUCUUCGCUCAAUUGUUAUUAUAAUGUCAACGCAUUCGGUUCGUGUUCUGCUGAUACUGAUAUUGCAUUUAUAGUAUUUAAGCGCUUGAAAUUCAUUCACAAGAAAAAAAAUACGGAAUUUCGUGUAGAAACCUUAUGAAUUUUCAAAAAAGUUAGCAACGUGUUUUUAAAAUGGAUUUCACAAGUGCCUACUCUAAUUUGUCGAAUGAGGACGGAAGAGAUAAAACGGAGUUCUCUCCGACGGUUUUAACAUUUGCUGGAGUUAUAACCUUUAUAAUAAUGAUCAUAGGUAUAUUUGGAAAUUUUCUCACCGUUGCUGCUUUGUAUAAAUGUCCGAAAGUUCGAAACGUAGCCGCCGCUUUUAUAAUAAGGUAUGUACUUAUGUUCGUAUCUGGGAAGAGAUUUAAAAAAAACAGUUUAUAACUUUAAUAAUAUAAGUUAAGUCGACAUAACUAAAUUUUUUGCAAUCUCAUCGAAUAAGUGUGUGUAAUAGACAAUCUUGAAAUGAUAAAUACUGUACUCGAGCUAUCUCAGCUUAACUAAAACAUAACAUUUGAAGGAACUUAAGUUAUUUAGCAAAAUUAUGUUCAAAAUAAGCAAAAUCGGGGCACAUACUCACCGAGCUCUUAUUUAGACGAUCAGAUGUUCUCGGGCCAACCCACUGAAUUUGUAAUUAUCAUAAAAUCCAAUUUUAUUUGAAGCAUUAUGUUAUACAGUGCGUAGAAAAAAUAACGUUUUGUUUUCCAAAGUGUAGGUAUCGUUUAUUGAGAAACAUCCCCCGGUGUUAUCUAUGGUAUUAUAGUCUGAUGGCAACUUGGAACUAAAUUUUCCGCAUAUUCCACAGGAAGUGACCUUUACGUAUGUUGGAGUAUCCGAAUGUAAUCUUUUGUUGACGUUAAAUGUUUUCUUGAUAUUUUGGCUUUCAUUAAAGUAACAAUAUGGCUCUUCUUCUUGUUUCCAUCGAAUCCAUCGAGAGAAGCAUCUACAAUAUAAACAUGCACCUCUUUGGAGUGCUUAACUCUCAUUCAUAUGAACAUGUGUCCUUUUCUUAGCCAAACACGUUUUAAAGUGUUAAACAAUACAAAACCUUUUUUAAAUAUGUGUUUUUUUCGGAAAGUAGUGGUUUGAUUACAGUACUGCUGCGUUUGAUGCCAGACCUCUGAAGUAUGCCCUGUAUUGUAUUUAGAGAUGUAUAUAAUCCAUUGCUAAACAAAUUUUUUUUAGUUUCUCAUAGACUGAGAAGUGGUUUCUUCUCAAAGAGGAGAACAAUAGCUUUUUCCUCACUUUGAGAUGUCACGUAAUUCCUCCCUCUUCCUGGCUUGUCAUCUACGUUUCCAAUUUCUCUAUAAUGGUCAGACCACCUCUUCACCAAUAUACAAUACAACUCGUAUUUGAAAACUUUGCAGAUAACACAUUUUAAUAGUCCAUUUGGAACUUUCAGGAUUCUUCGUUGGAAAGGAUGCCUCAAAACGUUUCUUAUACGGGGUACUCAUUUUCUUUAUUUCAUGGCACGACGAAUAUCGAAAAAACAACAACAAAACAUUAAUUUGCAAAAAAAAAUAAAAACAGUUUUCCGCGAAUUAAUCGCGCAAAGGAAAAACGAUAUUUGAAAAAAUAAUUUUAAAUUUAUUUUUAUAUUUGAUUUGGCAUUUUUAGUAGAAACUAAUUAUCGUAAAUUUUUGCUACAUAGAUUAUAUUCUCUCUCCGUAAUUUCGUCAUUACUUACAAAAUCUUUUUAUCAAAACGAUGUAUAGGAGUAUGUAUAUGGUAUACUACCACUUAUAAAUACAUUAGAUCUUUAGACGUUAAUGAAAAUGGAUUUGAAAAAAUAUUAUUUCUUUUAAUUGGUUAGAUUAUUCGCUAAAUAUAAACUUUUUUUUCACUAUUUUGGGGAUUGAACAAACUAUAUUUAAAUAGAGCUAACUUAACAAGGGAUGAUUGUAUCGCAUAAAAAACUGGUUUGCUAAAUUUUAUCACGGAAAUAUCAAAAAAUCAAAGAAUCCCAUAGGAAAAGAAAUACACUGCGCGUAACCAGGUUAGCACACCUUCAUCGGGCUAAUACAAUUGCUUUUUUUUUUGUAUUAACUUGGUAUCGAAAUUUGAAUACGUAUUGACACCUAAUUUUUUGUACUACUUAAGUACUUUAUUUUUUUAAUAUGGCUAAAUGAAGGUGGCUAUCGAUUGAAUAGAAUACAAUAGUCGAAGCGUGUGAAGUGUUAAACUUUUCAAUGAUUGAAAGAUCGAAAAAAGUUGGCAGAAGUCGAAAAGUUAUAUACAAUUUCUUGCGUAACAAGUCGGAAUACGGCCGAAAUAUGUAUUUUCAGUUAAAACGAAAUUUAAUUUGUAAGGGCUGAUGGAUACAAAUAUUAUUUCCAUGAUCUUCGAAGGGAGGAACAUCAGUUGAAACAACUACACAACAUACUGAUCGUGUGACAUUAAUGUAAUAGAAAAGGUGUGGAGAUGGUUAACUUUCAUGGUUUUCGAAUCUGGCCACAGUUUGUAUGAAUCGCUUCCCAAUCGGAUAUUUUAGAUCAUUCACUUAAGGCGGGAUCGAUUAAUUAUUAAAUACAAAUAUUUAAAUUAGUUAAUACAUAAGUUCAAAAAAAUGUUGUUGGCUAAAGAUACGAAAGAAUAUUAAAAAAAAGUGAUAAGUGUAAACCUGAUGAUCUAAUUUAAAUUGUUAAUUGCUUUGUUGAUUUCGAAAUAAAAUUAUUAAAAAAUAUAAAACACUUAUAGUUUUUUUAACCUUAAGUGUGCUUAUAUUUGAAAAUAAAGAGUUUGUUUACUUGGAUCCCUCUUUUAAGGCAAAAAGUUAAACUUCAGGGGGUGUUUACAACAAAAAAAUUAACUUGGAUAGAGAAUAGACACCCUAAUGUAUACGAAUAUAAACUAGUUUUAAUGUUGAUGCCCUCUUAAAAUAUAAUAAUUAGGUAAUUCACAAGCUUCGUCUUAUGUCUUAUGUCGUAUUUCAAUAGCUUAAAAAAUACGACACUUGUGAGCACUCCUUAAUUGUUGUAUGUCAUAUUAUGUAAUAUUUCUACACUUCGCCAGCUGGUAAUGAAAAAUUUGGAAUACAAAAAUGUCACGGGAAAGUAACAAAAAGAAAAUUAAAGCUUCUUCAUAUUGAAACAGCGGCAUUUUGGUUCACAUUGCAACCGCAGAAACAACAAAAUAUUUUUAGAUUUUACUUUUCUUCAACUUAAUUUACCUGAAUAUCGUGGCUUCCUUCUAUAUUAUUAAAGAAAUUUAUGGAAUUUAUUUAAUUUAUUAAUUUUAGACACUUAAACGUCAACAAUAAAAAAAAGUAAACAGAUACAGCUGAUAGAAUAGCACACUCCACAAACAUACCUCGCCGUGUUGUAUUUGUCGUAUUUCAAUUUUAUAUGGGAAACAACGACAGUGUAAUUAAGGAGGUUAUGUAAUGUACAAAUUAUUACAAGUGAUGGGAUUGGGUACGACUUAAAUAAGAAAGGAAAGCAGGGAAACUAUGGGAAAACUAACCGUUUCUAUGUAUGGCGGAUUUACUAUUCUGUGCUAUAGUACUACCUUUCAGUGCCUUGCGAUUUUUAAAAGGUACGUGGACUCAUGGAAAAUUUUUAUGUAAGCUAAUCCCUUUUAUCCAAUAUGGCAACAUUGGAGUAUCGCUGUUAUGCAUUGCAAUGAUAACAAUCAACAGGUAUGUUAUGAUUGCUCAUCACGCUUCGUACGCCAAAAUAUACAGGAAACAUUGGAUUGCUGUCAUGAUAAUAUUUUGUUGGGCAUUCUCCUAUGGUAUGCAAUUGCCAACGCUGCUAGGUGUAUGGGGAACGUUUGACUAUGAUGAGAAGUUGGAAACAUGUUCUAUUAUGAACGAUCAGCAUGGCCGUAGCAGCAAGACUACACUUUUCAUCACUGCCUUCAUUAUUCCCGCUUUGGUUAUAAUUGCUUGUUACACAAAAAUAUUCUGGGUUGUACGCCAGUCAGAGUUGCGACUGAAAACACAUGCGAAUCAGCAAAAUUCCAUCCUAAAUAAUUUAAGACCUGUCCAAACUCCCACGGGCACGGUAAUGGAAAGCGAACAAAAUAGGGUGUCAUCUAACCUAGCUUCAGACAGUAGCUUCUCCACUGAUGUAAAGCAGGACGCCAUACAAAAGCCCUCUCGCAUCAAGGAUCAACGGGAGAUGAGAGCUAAACGUAAUGAGUGGCGUAUAACAAAAAUGGUAUUGGCCAUAUUUUUGUCGUUUGUAAUCUGUUAUCUUCCAAUAACGAUCGCUAAAGUAGCCGACAAAGAUGUAGAGUAUCCGAACUUUCACAUAUUCAGCUACAUUAUGCUCUAUUUGUCUGCCUGUAUAAAUCCAAUAAUCUAUGUUAUAAUGAACAAGCAAUAUAGAAAAGCAUACAAGACGGUAAUUAUGUGUGAACCCUCUAAAUUAUUGCCUUUCAGAAAAUCAACUGCUGCUGGAAGUAGUGCUGCAGAGAAAUGGAAAGAUACCGCAUUGAGCAACAACCACAGUCGAACAAUGGUGUCACAAAUGUCAGUGGAAGAACAACAAAAUUGCAACUCGGACCAUGUGCUCCAACCGCAACAGUACAGUUCCAUGGAAUUAACGAACAAAGUGUACACACAGAGUGCCUUGGAAAACACAGUAGAGGAGAGCAUAGCUACACAAAAAAAGCAAACAAUUCUUCCAGGACCGCUACACAUGCCACAAGCAUCCCCAUUGGUCAACCAUUCGUCGCUUUUUACACAACGAGUCCCGAACAAGGAUCUCCACCGCAUAGUCAUGGUAGGGGACGACAUCAUUCUGGAGGAAGAAGAAGAAGUAGCGACGCCAUCUCAACCGGCAUCAUCCAUCCACCCAGAAGUAAAGACGAUGUCAACUAUGAGCAAGGACGGUGUUUUGAAGAAAGUCCCAUAUUAUGGCCAAAACAUAAAUAUCACUCCAGAUAAUGAUGUCAAACUUAUAGCUAAACCAAAAAUUAUAAAGACUACUUGAUGUGCUUUAAUGUUGUUACAAUAUUUAUACAUUUAUACAUAUAUUUUAUAUAGUUUACAAUAAGUAGAAGUUAAGAAUAUACGAAAUAACGAGAUAAAUUAAGUUUGACUUCGCAAUAAGGCAUUAUUUUUUUGUACCUGUUCGAUUUUUUUACGAUUUUCUAACCAAAUAUAAAUUCAGAGUUUGAAAGUCGAAAUUCGGACCGAAAAGGUUAAGACUUGUUUAGACAACUUAGUAUUGAAUACAGUUAUACAUGUAGCAUAAAGAUAUAUUGACUAAAAUUUGUUGAUUAAUCAGUAUUUUUCCGUUGUAUAUAUAUGGAUUUCGAAUUAAGGUAGAUUAUACGCGUAAUAGUGAUUUUUUAUAUUUAACAACUCCAACAUACUUGUUUAUUAAAUUGUAUUGUAAUAAAUUACAAAGAAAUGAGAUACAAAAAAAUAAUUACUCAUCUAUGUAUGUAUGUUUAUGCGUAUACCUUUGUACCAUAUGUAUAUAAUAUAUUAUAUAUAAUAUGUAUUUAUUUACUUUUAACGAAAAUAUAUCUAAAUCAUAAGGUUACCACAAUA